AUGUCGGUUCGUGGUGAUGUCAACAACGAUGAAGGUGGCGUGCCCGAGUACGGUUGGAAAGUGGAUUUCGAUCACCAGUUCCCCGAUCCCAGAACGCCGACUUACAUGCCGAGGAUCAAGCAGAUAUUGCAGUUAUUACCACUGAUUGUUAGGUAUGUAUUUUACAUGCUACUAUGUUUUUUAAAAGGCCAGAAACCAAUAAUGGAUUUUCUAUUUCCUAUUAAGUCAAAGCACAUGUAUGGUGUACCUUUGGGUGGUAUUGGAGGUGGAACCAUAGGCCGUGGAUUUAAAGGAGAGUUUUGUCGCUAUCAAGUUGUGCCUGGCAUGUACGAGUAUGAAUCGGUUCAAGCAAACCAGUUCAUAGUAAAUAUUCAAAAUAGCGAAAAUAUUACUGUUUACAAUAAUGUUCUGUCAUGUUUGAAGUGUAACAACAAAACAUUGUACAAUUGGAAAUGGGAUUUUCCAUCAAAUCAAUGUAAGUAUACUGGUCUCUAUCCAAGAUCAUGGACCGAAUAUUUAAUUCCAGAAUUUCAAAUCAAACUCAUUUGCAAGCAAAUUUCACCCAUUAUUCCACAUAACUAUAAAGAUAGUUGUAUCCCUGGUGGUGUUUUCAUAUGGACAGUAGAAAAUAAUAGCGAUGAACAAUAUUCAAUAAGCUUAACAUUUACGUUUGCAAGUGGUAACGGCAUUUCAUCAUAUCAUUCAGAUGAACCUAGCUGUGAACCAUUCAACUUAAACAAAGAUGGUACCGAGGUUGCUGGUUCACUGAUACACAAUUGUUUUAAAGAAAUGAAGUGUACCUAUGUUAUUGGUGGAUUAAUAAAAAAAGGUGCAGCUUUCAGUCAAUUAAAUUUUGAUCCAAAAGGCAAUGGUAUGACCAUAUCAAAAAGCUUACAAUUAUUUGGAGAGUUGAGAGAUAUGCAAUUAGGGCCUAGUAAUAUAUACAUGAGAAAUGAAGAAGUGGCUAGUGCAAUUUGUUUAAAACAAUGUUUACUCCCAAACACAUCAAUGACUUAUGAAUUUGGAUUAUUUAUAGAUAUGCCUAAAAUUAAAUUUCCUAAAUCAAAUAUAGAAUAUUUCAGGUACUAUACUAAGUUUUUUGACAAUAAUGGAACAGCUGGUCCCAAAAUAAUGCAUUAUUCAAUGCAAAAUUUUAAAAGAUGGGAACAAGAAAUUGAAAAAUGGCAAAAUCCAAUUUUAAAUAAUCCAUUAUUACCUGACUGGUAUAAAAGUGCUAUAUUCAAUGAAGUUUAUUUUGUAGCUGAUGGCGGAACUAUUUGGUUCUUACCUCUCAAAGAAGAUUAUGAACGGUUAGAUGUCACAGAUCCAAGAUAUCAAUAUGGAUAUUUUGGGUAUUUGGAAGGUCAUGAGUAUCGAAUGUACAAUACAUAUGAUGUACAUUUUUAUGCAUCUUUUACAUUAGCAAAACUGUGGCCUAAACUACAGGCAUGCAUUCAAUACAAGUUUAGAGAUACAAUUGAUAAUGCAUUGAAUAUUACUAGAAAACACUUGUCCUGUGGUACCAGGGGUUUACGGAAAUAUAAAUAUAGUGUACCACAUGAUCUAGGUGAUCCAGAGGAAGACCCGUUUAAUUUGGUGAAUGCUUAUUUAGUACACAAUGUAUCAGAAUGGCGUGAUCUUAAUUUAAAAUUUGUUUUGCAAUGCUACAGAGAUUACACUAUGUUUGGUGAUAACAAGUAUUUGGCUGAUAUGUAUCCACAAAUAAAAAAUGUGAUGGAGAAAUCAUUGUCUUGGGAUACUGAUGGGGAUGGAAUGAUUGAGAAUUCUGGAACUGCCGAUCAAACUUUUGACACAUGGAUAAUGACUGGCAUCAGUGCUUAUUGUGGAGGGUUAUGGUUAGCUGCUCUUUAUUGCACUGUUCAGAUAUCAAAUAUUCUUAAACAAGGAGAUAUCAGUGAAAAAUAUUUGAACAUAUUAAAUAAAGCCAAGGAAUCAUUUAAUGCUGCUUUGUGGAACGGUGAAUAUUUCAAUUUUGAUUCGUCUGGUCAGCAUCAUUCAAAAUCAAUUAUGGCUGAUCAAUUGUGUGGGGAAUGGUAUUUGAAAUGUUGUGGUGUAAACGAAGAGGUACUCCCAGUUGAUAGAGUCAAAAAAGCUCUUCAGACAAUUUACAAGAUGAAUGUACUUGGGUUCAAUGAUGGAAAAAUGGGAGCUGUGAAUGGCAUAAUGCCUGAUGGCAAUCCAGACACGUUUUCGGUACAAAGUGAAGAAGUUUGGACAGGAGUUACAUAUGCUUUGUCCUCUUUAAUGAUCGCACAUGGUUUACGCGAUGAAGGUUUUAACACAGCCAAGGGUAUUUAUAAUACUGUUUAUAAUAAUAUAGGCAUGGCGUACCAGACACCAGAAGCUAUUUAUUCUAAAAAUGCAUACCGCUCUGUUGGUUAUAUGAGACCCCUGAGUAUAUGGUCUAUUCAAACUGCAUUGGAUAAUUUAAACAAAGACUAA